AUGGACCCUCAUGACACACUGCGAUGUCUGCCCGCCAGUCUUUCUUCCUAUCAGUUCGCAACUCAUGCACAUUUUGAUGAAUUACCUACAUUUUCUGGCAUCACUGGUACACGCCUUAGCCAAGGCAGUAUGACCACUCCUAUAGGUACAAUCCCCGAAACUGGAACAGACGCUACAGCCCCAGCCUGUCUGUCUGAGGGCCUCGAAACAGUAUGCACCCCGGACUUAGAUUUUUCCAUCGUUAUGCCUGCCAAAACCUCUCAGAGUCCUUGCUCCGAUCUAUUGGGCGUCGAUAAUGCUAUUCCUAUUGAAACGGGAUCUGAAAUACCUUGCAGUAGCUCCAACAGCCCUUCAGGUUAUCUGGAUAUACUUUCAUACCCCGCUGGCACUAAUAACAGCACUUAUCAGGAGGCUUCAGGCAACUCUACAGAGUUACUUCCUUCGGACGACAAGCUGAAUAAGGCACUGUAUCCUAUCUCCGAGGGCCAAUCAUCUAUGGCUGAGGAUAAUUUUGAGUCGAGUAUUUUUCCAAAAAUUCCCGAUACCGCAGCCGUAGUAAGUUGUUCAAACCAGGACUUUAAUAUUGUCUCAGGAAGGCAACAACUUCAGCAGGGGAAGACAUCACCUCAGUUGAAGUUGCAGAAAUCAUCCGACUUGGACUCUUCUACAGCAAUCAGCCAGUCUUUGGAUGCAACCGAGGAUCAGAUCGACUCACUAAGAAUUGACGAGGUACCCACAUCUUUAUUUACAAAGUAA